GUGGGAGCAGUCAGUAAUGUGCAGCUGAACACUGAGCAUGUCUCUGUGGAGCAGCCUGCAAGCAGCUCACAAAGGCAGCACAGACGGAAGAGAAAUACAACAAACAAUAGCAUCUCUUCCUUUACAGCAAAGGGAACAGAUUUUCUCACUAAGCAUCAGCUGUGUAUCCCGGUGAAAUGUAUUAUUUGUUAGAGAUCAUCCAUUUCUGAACAAGAUGGGGAAUCAGGAUGGGAAGCUAAAGAAAACAUCGGGAGAUGUACAGGAAAGAGCAGAGCCUAGGCCUGAAGAUGGAGAAAAUACAAAAAAAGGAGGCAGAAGAACCUUAGGAAAACGCAGUGAGCAACAUGGUAAAAAAAGAAGCAAGUCUGAGUCCAGAGCUUCUGUGUUCUCCAAUUUAAGGAUCAGAAAGACACUAGCAAGAUCCAAAGAUGGUACAUGUGAUUCUAAGGAGGAUGUAUUGGGAAGGCAACAUCUGCAAACAGAGGAGCUGGACAGUACCCAUUCACUAGCUACAAAAACCCCAGACAUAAGCAUUUCAGCCGACGAAGGAGGCCUUUCUGAUACAGAUGCUGAUAAUUUCCAGAUCUGCAAAUCCCUGGUAGCAGCUGCUGCCAGUGAGAUACAGGAAGGACAAAAGACCAGUUCAGGAUCUGAUACAGAUAUAUACAGCUUCCAUUCAGCCACUGAACAAGAUGACUUGCUGUCUGAUAUCCAGCUGGCAAUUCGAAUGCAGUUUUCUGAAGAGGGAUCUUAUGAAAGUGAAGCUGGUCAACUGUCAAAAGUUUUUCAAGGACACCUGACAAGCUCCCACACAUUAUUUUGGGAUGCAGGUGAGCAGCUAACUACUAGUAAGGAAAGAAACACAAAUGUAGCUCAUUCAGAUGAAAAAGAAGGUGUUGUUAUUAAUGAAACUGAAGGUUCUUGUAAAGUAACGCUUAAUGCAUUCGGAAAGGAAAGCCUCCCUGAUGAAAGCUGCCAAGACGCUGCAGGUGAGACAGCAAGUUUAACAACUCAUCUUGAUGUCUCUUCUUUACCAGAACAUAUCAAUGAAGCUAGAGACUUCGGAUCUGUGCCUGAUGGAAGUCCAAAGGAAGAUAUUACUACCAUUACUGAUUGCAGGAAUUCUUCAAAUACAAAUGGAGAUAACAAUAAUGUAAGCUGUAUAACGGAGGAGAAACAUGGUUUAUUACCUGAGCAAAAUAAUACAGUACUUCUUAGUUCUACACCAGUCACUGAGGAUAGGUAUACAUAUUCAACUGCCCAAAAAGACACCGAAAGUAAAGCACAUACUGCAAUUAAACCAACCAGACAACAAACCUCUUCAAACUGUUCUCCAUUUGCCUCACCUCUGCAUAGUCCACAGUUUCGUAAAAAAAUUAGCCAAUUUCUUAAAGAGGACAAUGUAUGCAUUCGAAAGAACACAUCCAGCAGCUUGACAGGGAGCAGCAGCAGGUCUGCAGACUGGACAAAUGAAAUGAUCAAGGCCCAAUAUAAGAAUCUGAGGAAAGGAAGCUCACCAGAAAUGUUACCAUAUGGAGCAAAGACUUCAAAUGUUCCUGCAUCAAGUUUUCCCAAUGUGUUCACAGGACAAACUUUACUGGAAAAGUUAUUCAGUCAGCAAAGAAAUGCACCAGAGGACGCAGAAAGACUCUGCUCUGAAGUCCUUGCUAUGGGAUUGCUGCUGCCUUUUAGUGACUGCUUUCGUGAACAAUGCAGCAAAAGUGCAGAACAGAUUCCUUCAACUGUUCAUCAAGAUCAAUUUUCCACAUGGGCUGCAAUUAAUCAACCUACUCAUUCCCUGAACUCCUUAGAAGAAUGCUUUCCACAGAGAUUUCAAGCAUCAUCUAUUAUAUUAGAUGGAGAACCUGAAAAAACUCCAUCGGGAUAUGGAUUUGAAAACAAGCAUGAUGAGCAGGUUAAGGAUAAAGAAUGGAAGUGCGUCUCACCUAGGGAAGAUCAUGCUAACAUAGUACAGCAGCUUGAGCAAACCAUACAAGACUUAAAGGCGAAACUCGCUGAACAUGAGAAACAGUACACGCAAUCAAGGAUUUCUACCAUUACUGAAACACAAGAUAGCCCCCAAGACAUGUCAUUAAAAAAUAAUGCACAAGGAAAAUCUGUACAGACUUCACCAAUAGAGGAGUAUGUUACACAGGAAGUGCCUUCGUUUUCUAGAUGUCUUGAGUCUCCAAAUGUUGUUGAGGAUAAAAUGAGAAAUCAGAUGCACUCUUGUGCUUCCACUAACUCACAAGUUAAUGAGUACUCUAGAGAUUUGCAAAGGAAGUCAAAUGAAUUACAGUUUGAUCAUGGUUCAGGACAUAUAGAACUUCCACCAUGCAACAAAGUCUCAUCUGGGAAUGUCUCAGUUUUGACACUAUCCUCUCCUACAUUAAAUUAUGCAAAUAAUCUGCAAAAUGGUUUUCCUGAGGUUAAAUCUACUUUUUUUUCUCAUCAGUGUAAUAACACAGUAAUUCCUUUUCCCAGUGAAUGUCACACAUGUCUAGACCAUCCCUGCCCAUCUUCUCCCCCAUUGGAAUCAAACCUAUGCACGCAAUGUUCUGCUGAAAUGCAUGGUCUUCCUCCACUACUACCUCAACAAUCAUAUAAUUCUUCAACUUCUCCUCCAGCACCACUACCUCAACUGUUUUGUUCUACUGAAAUUCCUCCUCCACCUCCACUACCAUAUACUACUGUACUUUCUCCACCACUUAUAAUUCCUCCACCACAUCCACUACAUGGUACUACUGCAAUUCCUCCUUCACCAUUGGUACCAGGUACUACUGCAAUUCCUCCUCCUCCUCCUCUACCAGGUACUUUUGCAAUUCCUCCUCCUCCUCCUCCACUACCAGGUACUACUGCAAUUCCUCCUCCUCCUCCACUACCAGGCACUACUCCAAUACCUCCUCCACCUCCACUACCAGGUUCUACUGCAAUUCCUCCUCCACCUCCACUACCAGGUACUACUGUAAUUCCUUCUCCACCUCCACUACCAGGUACUUCUGAAAUUCCUCCUCCACCUCCACUGCCGGGUACUACUGUAAUUCUGCCUCCUCCACCUCCUCCACUACCAGGUUCUACUGCAAUUCCAUCUCCUCCACCCCCACCUCCACUGCCAGGUACUUUUGUAAUUCCUCCUCCACCACCACCUCUUCCACCAUAUAUUACAGCAAUUCAGCCUCCUCCCCCACCGCCUCCACCACUACCAGGUUCUACUGCUAUACGUCCUCCUCCCCCACCACCUCCACCACUACCAGGUUCAACUGCAAUUCAGAUUCCUCCUCCACCGCCUCCACCACUACCAUGUAAUAUUGCAAUUCCACAACCACCACCACCACCUCUUCUGCCACCUACACUAAAUCCCCCUCCUUUUGGAGGUUCAUACAGUUCAGCAUUUUUUCCUACAAAUCCUCAAACACAUAACACUUCGUCAUCAUUGUCUGGUUAUUUACCAGCUGGAUUAUUUGGAUUUGGAUUGACACAUUCUAAAGGGAAUAGGAAAGCUGCUAUCGAACCAACAAGGCCAAUGAAGCCCCUCUAUUGGACACGAAUUGAAUUACAUGGGAAUAGAGAUGGCAGCAGCCCUCUAGUUUGGGAAGCAGUCAAUGAGCUUAAAGUAGAUGUUAAUGAGCUGGAAAGUCUGUUUUCUAAAACUGCAGUAAAGGAAAAAAAGAAACCUAUUUCUGAUACAAUAACCAAGACAAAGUCUAAACAAGUUGUCAAGCUAUUAAGCAAUAAAAGAUCACAAGCUGUGGGAAUAUUAAUGUCCAGUCUUCAUUUAGACAUGAAAGAUAUACAACAUGCGAUUCUGAAAAUGGACUAUUCUGUGGUUGAUUUAGAAACUCUUCAAGCUUUAUACGAAAAUAGAGCUGUGUCAGAAGAACAGGAGAAAAUUGAAAAGCAUGUUAAGGCUUCAAAAAAUAAGGACAGUUCAAAGCCCCUGGACAAACCUGAGCAAUUCCUCUAUGAACUGACAACAAUACCAAAUUUUUCAGAACGAGUGUUUUGCAUUUUGCUACAGUCAACCAUUUCAGAAAACAUUAGUUCUAUUCAUCGAAAGCUUGAAUUACUACAGAAAGUUUGUAAGAUUUUAAAAGAAGAUCCUGCAGUUCUGCGUGUUUUAGGUUUGAUUCUUGCAAUCGGCAAUUACAUGAAUGGAGGGAACAGAACCAGAGGACAAGCCGACGGUUUUGCAUUAGACAUUUUGCCAAAACUGAAAGAUGUCAAAAGUAAUGAUAACAGCAGGAAUCUGCUUUCAUAUAUUGUUUCAUACUACUUGCGACACUUUGAUGAUAAUGCUGGCAAAGAAGAAUGUGCUUAUAUUUUGCCAGAACCUCAAGAUCUCUUUCAAGCUUCACAGAUGAAGUUUGAAGACUUUACAAAAGACCUUCGUAAAAUAAAGAAAGAUUUGCUUGCAUGUGAGGCUGAAGCUGCAAAAGUUUAUCAGAAAUCUGUCGAAGAACAUUUACAACCUUUCAAAGACAACAUAGAAGAAUUUCGGAGCAAAGCUAAAAUUGAACACGAAAAUACAGAAACAUUUCUGACUGAGGUCCAUUUACGGUUUAUAGAAACAACAGCUUAUUUUUGUGUGAAACCAAAAAUCGGUGAAAAAGAGGUGUCUCCCAGCACGUUCUUCAGCAUGUGGCAUGAAUUCAGCACUGACUUUAAAGAUUUUUGGAAAAAAGAAAAUAAGCUGAUUUUGCAAGAAAGGUUGAAAGAAGCUGAAGAAGUAUAUAAGCAAAAGAAAGAAAAGGCAACAAUUGUUGUGAAGCCAAAACAUGAGUCUGGAAUUAAAGCAAAGCUGAGCUUGCUAACAUGAUUAUAGCACAAAACACGCAUUUGGAGUCAUCAGUUUGAAUGUUGUGCCAAGUUUUGUAAAUAUAAUAGAAAAACCUCACUGGUGUGAGUGAGAAUACAACAGAAUACAGUAAAAACAGAAAAAUAUAUUUUUUCAAUGGGUACAUUGAAAUGCAGUCUGCAAAGUUGUGCUAUUGUGAUGAGAAGGUUUAUUUCCUUGUACGCUACAAUAUUCUGUACUAAGAUUAAUGUUAAUGGCAGACCAGAAUAUGUUAUUGACUGUAAUAAACUGUCUUCAAUUCCAAAAGUGAAAAUUGCCAUACUGUAUGUAUUUCUAUGAAAUAAAGUCACAACAUUAUUAGUUAUAA